AUUUUCCGUGAACACACUACUCGCACUAUUUAUACGACAACCCGUCAAUAGUGCAUAAGUACGCGAGUUGUUUGGGACGCACCUAUCGUGUGUUUUUAUACUUCCGCACAUUGUCGUUGAUGUCGUGAUCCGAGUCAAAGCUGCGCUCCAGUUGCGCAGGCCGGCCGGUGAAAGCGGAAGAAGCAGAGCUGCGCAGCGUGUGCUCCGGAUGAUCCGCACAAACACACAUCAGGAAAGAGACCGAAGACGCGCACAGAGCCGCUGGAUCCACACACAGACGUGUCGAUGACCCUCUCACCCCACACCUCAUGAUCUCAGCUCAACUUUGUCCUCAGGCUCCAUCAAAGCAUGUGAAGCAGUCGCUGGAGAGCAGAUGAAGUGCAUCUCGCUGCGGCUCGGAGGAACACACUGGGCGACUCUUGUUCCAUGUGCCCCUGCUGUUUGCUGUAGUAUGUGAAGUCUCCGCACGCUCAUUGCUUUGUUACUGCUGGAGCUCGUCUUCCUGCAGCAUGAGCGGCAUCGGGCGCUCGGGGAAGCCCUCGCUCUGGCCCUCCUUCAGCAGCUUCAGGCCGCGGUCGGAGCGAGUGCUGCUGGCCCGCAGCGAGAGCACGCCGGGGGAGCCGGUGCUGAAGAUCACCAUCACCGAGACCACGGUGAUCGAGGCCGACGCCGGCGUCUGGAGCUCCAGGGCUCUGACCUACCUGGUGCUCUGGUACUUCUUCAGCUUCUGCACGCUCUUCCUCAACAAGUACAUACUGUCUCUGCUGGAGGGAGAGCCCAGCAUGCUGGGAGCUGUUCAGAUGCUCUCCACGACUGUCAUCGGCUGUGUUAAGACGUUCGUGCCUUGUCCCCUGCAUCAUCAUAAAUCCCGCACCGAAUACCCCCCUAACUUCCUCAUGAUCAUGCUGUUUGUGGGACUGAUGAGGUUCACGACAGUGGUGCUGGGUUUGGUUAGUCUGAAGAAUGUGGCCGUGUCGUUCGCUGAGACGGUGAAGAGCUCGGCGCCCAUCUUCACUGUUAUAAUGUCCCGCCUCAUACUGGGAGAAUACACAGGGUUCUGGGUGAAUCUGUCUCUGGUUCCUGUGAUGGCGGGUCUGGCUCUCUGCACUGCCACCGAGGUCAGCUUCAACAUGCUGGGCUUCUCCGCCGCUCUCUCCACCAACAUCAUGGACUGUUUACAGAAUGUGUUUUCCAAGAAACUGUUGAGUGGAGACAAGUACAAGUUAAGUCCUCCAGAGCUUCAGUUUUACACCAGCGCUGCUGCUGUCAUCAUGCUCAUACCUGCCUGGAUCUUCCUGAUGGACCUGCCGCUGAUGGGGAAGGGUGAUCGCUCCUUCAGACUGUCUCAGGACAUCGUGCUGCUGCUGCUGUUUGACGGCGUGCUCUUCCACUUACAGAGCGUCACGGCGUACGCUCUCAUGGGCCGCAUCUCCCCCGUCACCUUCAGUGUGGCGAGCACAGUGAAGCACGCUCUGUCCAUCUGGCUCAGCAUCAUCGUGUUCAGUAACCCCAUCACGCUGGUGUCCGCCGUCGGGACCCUCAUGGUGUUCCUGGGAGUCCUGCUCUACAACAAGGCCAAGCAGAUGCAGAGAGACACUCUGGUCCAGCACGCUCUGGAGCAGUCCGCAGAGUCCCAGCAGAAGCCCACGCUCCAAGACGGAGACGGCACACCUGCCAAAUAACCUCCGCUCCUCUAAACUGAGCGAAAGCUAGAGAUGGAUGUGCUCCGGGUGGAAAGGACAGCUUUCUGCUGACAGCUCGUUGGUUUGGGAGUCAGGACUCACAGGGAAUCAUGCCUUAUGUAGCUUAUGGGACCCUAUCAUUCUGAAACCUUUGUGCGUUUAGUGAAAACUGAAAGAGACUUAAGAAAUAUUUAGGCAGGUAAAGCCCAAACAGUUAUCACAAUAUUCUGUGCUAUUUGAGGGCUACAUGUAGACAAUGAAAAUAUAGUUUGAGUGAGUCUCACCAGCAAACAUCCAGCUCAUAUUUUACCCCAAAAUAAUAAUAAAAAAAUAAAUUGUUUUGCAACAAGGCAUUGUUUUUAGGACCAUAUUAUUUGCAUUAAUGAUUAAUUGAAAACAAGUGUUUUUU